AUGACUUCGGCGGAGCAGCCGCUGAAGAAGCGGAAGAUAUUCGAACAAUUUAAACAAUCAUCACCAUCACCGCCACCUCCACCUCCAUCUGCUCCACCGUCACUACCAACACCACCACAACAACAACAUCCGCCACCGCCAGGAACGCCGCCAGCUCAGCCUCUAACGCAGGAAGAAAUUUUUCGAAGACAAGGAAACCUCGAAGAAAUUCGUAAAGUCUACAAUUGCCUCAAGCAAAUCAAAUGCUGCAUCGCCCAAGAGGAGCAGGAGCCCCGUCACUUGCCCGAACUAGAACAAGCUUAUCUGUAUCUCAUCACUGCUUCCCGAGGCUGUACAAGUGUACAACGUAUAGUAGCUGAUUUGAUUCCCAGAUAUGCGUCAUAUUGUCCUACUGCACUUGAAGCAGCAGUAAAGGUUGUUAUUAAUAUGCACAACUGCAGCUUGGCAUUGAUAAGCAAUGGGGAGGAUUUUGACGGUGUUGCAUUUGAAACUGCCGAAGCAUGUAUUUUUGGUCUGGUUGAUAUCUGCGGAGCUGCUGCAAAGGAAGCACCAACAUCAUCGGUUAUUCAAGGCAUUUGUUCGGCAGUUUUUCUGAGUGUGUUUACCUUCUUCAUAUCUUCUUUUGAGGGGAAGGAUAUUUUUCAAAUUAUUGACAAGGAAUCUCUAAUGAUUCAAGAUGCCAAAGAAUUCACUUCUGAGUUCAAGGAAAAGUUUUUGGAUGAAGGAGAUUCAAAAUUGUUGAAAUUACUUAAAUUUCGUGCUGUAAGUUUCCUCAGGUUAUUCUUUAGUUGCCCAAAACAUUCACUUUCAGCAUGCUUUGAGCUCUUCGACUCUACUGCGACAGAUGCGACAAACAUGGGAGGACAUUACUUUCUUCGUCAACUGACAAACAGGCUUGAUGAUGCUGUUUCUUAUAAUUUGACUCAUGAAAGUGAUGAUGAAAAGCCAUCUCUAAGUUCCAUGGGAAAAAUUUGUCAAGGCAACAAUGUUGGUGCCUAUCGACACUUAGAAAGCAACCUUGUUCCCAGAAAUGUUUCUGCAGUUUCCAGGAACUGCAUACUAAGCCUGGUUCUUGGGAAAGACUCAUCCCUGAAAAGUUGGAUUUUCUCUAGGUACAGAAAGUUACGUGCAUCAGUAGCUUCAGAGAUUGUUUCAAAAAUUACUUCUCUUUUGGAUGGAAUAUUUGAAUCUUUCACAGAACAAGUAAAUAGAGAAGAAACCCAAGCAGAUGAUAACGAGAGUGAACGUAGCCAAUCCAAGUAUGUUAGUCAGUACUUGGUUUCUAGGGAACAUAGUCAACCAGAAUCAUCAUCUGAAGUUAGUGGGAAAGAUUUUACUUCGAUAAUUUAUGAUAAACCUUGUGCAGACAACAUGACUAGCAGAUUUUCAAGCUCACAUUUGAAAAGAAGCAGCUCAGUCGAUUACCAUUCAAGUGCAAGUCCCUCCAUUGAUAGUGGAGGGUCAAGGUCCAUGGACUUUGAUUUUGGGGGCCCAGGAGAUUCAUCCCAUUCUAGGUCUUCUGUUCCAAGAGACUUGUUGAACCGACAUAUUCCCUCGCCUAUCACAAGAACACCGGGGGGCUCAAGGAGUUCACUCCAUGGUGUCCAAAGAGAGAAAAGUCAAGUUUUGAGCAUGGACGUCUCUUCUCCUAUCUUGAGGUCUGUCAGUGAAGCCAUGAGUUGUUCUUUUGAUUCACCUAAGAAUCCUUUGUCACUGGGAAAUCCUUCAAUGAGUAAAGUGGUUUGGUACUCUGAUGGUGACCCGGCAGCCAUGGAUGUUUUUGCAGCUUCUAAACAGCUUUGGUUGGGUCCUUUAGGUCCUGAUGCAUCUGAAGGAUUUGUAAGGUCUCAGUUUGAGAAGUUUGGCCCCAUAGACCAGUUCAUCUAUACUCCGUUCAAAGGAUUUGCCUUAAUAGAGUACAGAAACAUUCUUGAUGCUUUCAAAGCCAGGGAGAAUAUGCGAGGACAUUCAACUUGGGGUGCUAGUCUUCAGAUAAAGUUUUCAGAUACAGGGUCUGGAACUAGGGGGGAUAUAAAUGGGGUUGCUGUUGGUUCAACUUGCCAUGUUUACGUUGGUCAUGUUUCAAACAGAUGGGUCAGGGAUGAGGUAAUGAAUGAAGUCAACAAAGUACUCCAUAAGGGACCUCGCAUGGCAACUGAUCUUAUUGGUGAAGGUGCAUUGCUGAUGGAAUUUGAUACACAUGAUGAAGCUACUAUUGCCAUGGCUCAUCUGAGAAAGUGGCGCAAGGAAAGUGGUAUCACUCUUCUGCAGUCACAUGGAGGUCCUGCUGAUGUGAUGCAUUUCGAAGGAAAUAAGUAUUAUGGUAAUAAUAUAAUUGAUGCUCAAGCACCGUCCGAAAAGCCAUCUGAUGGUUAUUUGCCCAGGGUAUCACGUUUGUCUUCUAUGGUUUCGCAGUUACGAAUGAAGUAUAAUAUUCCUCAAAACCUGGCUCAUCCUGACACUCAUUUAUCUGGAAAUCAUCACAUUGCUUCCACAAAAGAACAAUUACCAACGAAUAUUCUCUGGAUUAAUAUCCCCCAAAUGAACCCCAUUUUUCUCACUGAUGAUGAAUUAUUGGCCCUUUGUAAUGUUGCGAUCAACAAUGUUGGAUCUAUUGUCAGGUUGACAAGACAAAAUAUAUCUACAGGUUCCUGUUGGUUUGUUGAAUGCAACAGCAUAGAAACAGCAAGAACUCUUCUAAGCACUCUUCGUGAUUGUCCAGAGAUAUUCUUCCAAAUUGAAUUCAGUCAUCCUGGAAAGCUCCAGACCCAGCUCCUGGUAAAGCCUGAUGGCAAUGCUCUGGAGCUUACAUCACCCAGACUAAAGCCAGAAAAUCAUGGAGUCAUGAGGCAAGGUGGACAUGCAUUUCAGUCAAACUGGGCCCAUGUUGGUCAUUCUGGCAGGCAUGAAGUUCGGUCAAUAACUCCUGAAGCAUUGUUUGUUGAUCCUUCUCAUGGAGGGGGUCAUGUUGUUUCAAGUUCUGCUGAACAGAUGUGGAUGUACAGAAAGCCAGAAGCAGAGCUGCAUUCUGGACCACGAAGCAUUCCACAUAUAUCUGCACCAACUGUUGGGCCUUCUAUUGCACCACCACUACCAGUUCAAGCGCCUUAUUUCCGACCUCUUAAUUUUCCACCAAAUAGUUCAUGGGAUGUGCGUGGUUUGAACAACCAUAUGCCUAUAAAUCCAAUUUCACCUCGUGUAAUGCCGAAUGUUCAUCGCAAUCCAAUUCCACCACCAUUUAUACCAGCUUCUGUGACUCCGUUAGCUCAAUUUCAUGGAAACUCAAUGCCUUCAUUUGAUCAGAUGUUUUCUGUUCCUGCAGUUACACCACCUCCCCUCAUAGCUCCCUUACCCCCUUCUCAACCCGAUGUCCAGCCUCCAUUACCUCCAUCCCAGCCUCCACCCCCACCUCCACCCCCUUAUUCUCAGCCACCUGUCGCUCCUCCUCCGCCUACUUCUCCACCUCCACUUCCACCUUCAGUAUCUUCUAGUUCAGAAUAUAGUAAGCAGUCUAAUGUACAACACAAGUGGCAGGGAACCUUGAGCAAAAGUGGUAUACAUUACUGUACAAUUUAUGCACAGAGAGUUGAUUCUGAUAUUUGCAAGUAUUCAGAUGGGAUGGUGGAGCCAACAGAAUGGCCUAUUAAAUUAGAUAUGACAAAGCGCACUGAUUUCCGGCAUGUCAAAACAACAUUUUCCAAUACUCCGCCACACAGAAGAGAAAUAUGCUGGUUGCUUCCCUCCUCUCAGGACGACAAUAAGGGUUUUCAAGAUUUUGUAGUAUACUUGCAACAAAGGCAAUGUGCAGGAGUAAUCAAAAUCCCAGCCAUGAAAUCCAUGUGGGCAAGGCUUCUUUUCAUUCUUCCGUAUUCACCCGAUGUGUGUUCCAUGCUAUCUAUUGCUCCUAAUCCCUCACUUUGCCUUCUUGGUUUGGUCUUGCCUAAAGAAACAAACUUUGAAUGGGUUUGACCUGUUGAGUGGUGGAGGUAAGGAAGGAAAAGGAAGAUUGACUUCUAUUAGGUGACAUGUUUCUUACUAGUAUAUUUCAGAUGCCUGAAUUCUCCAAGAAUUUUGGCAUUGAUUAACUUUUGCAUGAAAUAUCGUAGUUUCAUUCAAUACCCUGUAAAUCAGCAUAAAUUUCUGAUAGUCUGGAUGAACUCCUUUGCUAGGUAAUAUCUUCAUGAAUUUGUAAGCAUUAAUUAGUCUGAUGUUGAUAAAGGUUGCCUA